AUGACACGCAGGUUAUGACCAUAAUUCGCCUUGCACUGACUGGACCUGAAUGCGUUAGGGAUACCCUCUGGAGGAGUCUCUUGUAACUGACCUGAAAAAGAUUCUGUUAGCUAAAGAACCGCUGCAGGACCUCUUCAGCUCUUCACAGCGCUACGUUAGGUCCUGAACGCACUUUCGGUGCCACUGAUGUGCCACCCUGCUUUUUAAAGUAUCGCCAUCCUUAGCUAAAUUAGCUCGUUGGUAACAUUGGGUAACGUUUGGUAACACACUUAGGAACAGAUCAUUACCCCAGCCACGUUCCAGGGUGACCAGCGGUGUGUUUAUGUCUUUGUUUUACGAAUACGCUGAGUACCCGGACGACAGGAGCGACGGAUGGGAAAGAGCUGUUGUGCAGCUUUUGGUACCUUCGCUGGGGACACUUAGCCUACGCACAAGAAUCACACAGCCUUGGCGGCAAGGUCUUUUUCAUGUCAGAGACCGAAUACGCCUGCAGUCGUUUAUGUCAUCCACUCCUAUCUACGCAGAAGACACAAAAAAGCUGCAGUCCAGGAUCUUUUUGUCUUACUGAUAACGCAAGCAGUGAGCCAAGAUGUCUGUCAAUGUCAACCGCAGCGUGUCAGACCAGUUCUAUCGGUACAAGAUGCCCCGUCUGAUCGCUAAGGUGGAAGGGAAGGGGAAUGGAAUCAAGACAGUCAUCGUCAACAUGGUGGAUGUGGCAAAGGCCCUGAACAGACCUCCCACCUAUCCCACCAAGUUCUUUGGCUGCGAGCUGGGUGCCCAGACUCAAUUUGACACCAAGAAUGACCGCUACAUCGUCAACGGCUCGCACGAGGCGAACAAGCUGCAGGACAUGCUGGAUGGCUUCAUCAGGAAGUUCGUGCUCUGCCCCGAGUGUGACAACCCUGAAACUGACCUGCACAUCAAUCCUAAAAAGCAAACCAUUGGGAACUCCUGCAAGGCUUGUGGGUACCGGGGCAUGCUGGAUACGCGACACAAGCUCUGCACCUUCAUUCUGAAAAACCCACCAGAAAACGACAGUGGAUCAGUGAAGAAGGAGAAGGAAAAGAAGAACCGCAGGAAGGACAAGGAGAACGGCAGCGGCGAGGCAGGGGGACACGAGAUCGACGCGCCCGAUGCUGUGGAUGGCGAUGAUGAUGACGAGGACUGGGCGGAGGAGACAACAGAGGAGGCCCAGAGGCGGCGCAUGGACGAAAUAAGCGAACAUGCCAAGAACCUGACCCUCAGCGAGGACCUGGAGAAGACCCUGGAGGAGCGUGUCAACAUGUUCUACAACUUCGUCAAGCAAAAGAAGGAGGAGGGGGCUAUCGACGGGGCGGACAGGGAGAUCCUGUCGGAGGCGGAGCGGCUGGAUGUGAAAGCCAUGGGCCCGCUGAUCCUGAGUGAGCUGCUGUUCGACGAGAACAUCCGUGAGCAGAUCAAGAAGUACAAGCGCCAUUUCCUGCGCUUUUGCCACAACAACAAAAAGGCGCAGAAGUACCUGCUGGGCGGGUUUGAGUGCGUGGUGAAGCUGCACCAGGCCCAGCUGCUGCCGCGCGUGCCUAUCGUGCUCAAGGACCUGUAUGAUGCUGACCUGUUGGAGGAGGACGUCAUCCUAGCCUGGGCUGAGAAGGUGUCCAAGAAGUAUGUCUCCAAGGAGCUUGCCAAAGAGAUCCACGCCAAAGCCGCCCCCUUCGUCAAGUGGCUGAAAGAGGCUGAGGAGGAGAGUGAAGGCAGCGAGGAAGAGGGCGACCAAGACGAAAACGUUGAGGUGGUGUACUCCCCCUCCGCCCGUGAGCUGAAGGUGGAGGCAUUGAAGCCUGAAAAGCCAGACAGCAGGGAGGACGACGACAUCGACAUUGAUGCAAUCUGAGAGCCGCCAUGGUGGUCUGUCAAUUGUGGCUCUCCAGCCCGGCUUCUCCCCACAGCUGUGGCUUAGCAGUACUGUAGCUACUGUUGCUAACCACAUCAUAGAGUAACAUUAACCCUGUACAGCAUCAAGAUGGGAGCAUUGAAUCUUAUUGUUUAAUCUAUGAAAGUCUAUCUAGAGAUUACCUGAAAAGUCCUCUUUGCUCUGGAUUGCAAAUACUGAUUUACUGGGCACAUGGAUUUAAUUUGCUGUGUACUUAUUUUUCCUUUCUGUCCAUAAAGGGUGUUUUGCCACUCAGGAUGUUGUCAUUAUUUUCCUGACUGCUGCAUCAUGACAUCCACAGAGUCAGUUCUGAUUGAAGUAAUCCCUCUGUGGGCCUCAGGGAUAGAGCAUAUUUGUGAAUCCACAGGUGCCUGUUCUUCCCAAACUGGGAAUCAAAAUCAAAGUGUGCUUGUGUGCACCCUUAGAAAGGUGGGUACUCCUGUCUCUGGCAUGUAUGAACAUCUGGCAACAGUAUGAUGCAAAUGGAAUGCAGAUAGCAAAAUUGAAAAGCUUGUUUUAUAUUUAGGUUCUAGGCUGGGUGGGUCUACAUGCGAAGGAGGGGUUGUUUGCGUUGUGUUCCUAAUUAUGUGGUUAUGUCAAGCUAAGUACUGUGGCA